AUGACUCGAGCAAUCGGUUUCCUCGCGGUCGCCGGCCUGUUGCGCAGCGCCGCCGCCGGUCUCUACCCCGGAUUGACCACCGCCAACCACACCUGCGCCCUGGUCGAGCCCGUUUUGUCAUGCUCCUGCAACGCGGUCCCCGAGAAGGUCGACACCUGCUGCGUCGAGACCUACGGCGGUCUUGUUCUUGCGACUCAGUUCUGGAACACCUACACCGGCCUCGAGAGCGAGGGGCAGAAGCUGCCCAAGGACUCGUGGGGAAUCCACGGGCUCUGGCCCGACUUCUGCAACGGCUCGUACACGCAGUACUGCGACCUCAGCCGUCAAUAUGACCCGAUCCCCUCGCCCAACACCACCACCGGCAAGCCUGAUGGCACGCCCGUCCCCGCUUACAACGGCUCUUCCAUUGACAACUUCAUCACCCCCUUUGAGAGAUUCGACCUGCUGGAGUACAUGAACAAGUUCUGGAUCGCCCUCGGCACCCCCAACUGGGUCCUCUGGGCCCACGAGUUCUCCAAGCACGCCACCUGCUUCAGCACCUUCGACGUCGAGUGCUACGGCCCCAAGUACCAGGAGCACGAGGAGCUCGUCGACUUCUUCGAGACCACCGUCCACUACUACAAGGCGACCCCGACCUGGACGUGGCUCGCCGACAAGGACAUCAAGCCCUCCAACGCCUCCGCCUACUCCCUCUCCGACAUCCAGGCCGCCCUGACCGCCGGCCACGGCGCCGUGCCCUACGUCGGCUGCGGCGGGCCCCGCUACAACGCCACCGAGGCCGGCAAGGGCUCCCUCGACAACGGCUUCACCCAGCUCAGCGAGGCCUGGUACUAUUUCCACGUCUACGGCAAGCCGCAGCGCGGUGACGGCGUCGCCGUUGGUGCCGACAUCAACGGUGGAAGCAUUUCGAACUGCGCCAAGGCGGCGGGUGCGGUUUGGUACUACGAGCGCUCCGAGGGAUCGGUGCAGUAA